UGGAGUUUGAACCAAAAUGAGGGAAAAUAAGAACAUGUCCGAGUCCCCUUCUCAAGCGGGAAAAGAAAUACCGGCGAAAAAACAAAAACUAAGCAGUGACGAGAACAGUAACCCAGACUUAUCAGGAGACGAGAAUGACGAUGCUGUCAGUGUGGAGAGUGGGACUAAUGCGGAGCGCCCAGACACACCUACGAACACUGCCAACGCCCCGGGCAGAAAGAGCUGGGGCAAGGGGAAGUGGAAGUCCAAGAAGUGCAGAUACUCUUUUAAAUGUGUCAACAGUCUGAGGGAGGACCAUGGCCAGCCGCUGUUUGGAGUCCAGUUUAACUGGCACAGCAAGGAGGGAGAUCCGCUGGUAUUUGCCACAGUUGGGAGUAACAGGGUAACUUUGUAUGAAUGUCACUCUCAGGGAGAAAUAAGACUCUUGCAGUCUUAUGUUGAUGCAGAUGCAGAGGAGAACUUCUAUACGUGUGCCUGGACCUACGACACCAACACAAGUCAUCCCCUGCUGGCUGUAGCCGGAUCCCGUGGUAUCAUUCGGGUGAUCAACCACAUCACAAUGCAGUGCAUCAAGCAUUAUGUAGGUCAUGGAAAUGCCAUCAAUGAACUCAAGUUUCACCCGAGGGAUCCGAAUCUUCUCCUGUCGGUCAGCAAAGAUCACGCCCUUCGUCUAUGGAACAUUCAGACAGACACGUUAGUGGCGAUAUUUGGUGGUGUGGAGGGUCAUCGAGACGAAGUCCUGAGCGCUGAUUUUGAUCUCCUAGGUGAAAAGAUUAUGUCAUGUGGGAUGGACCACUCCUUAAAACUUUGGCGAAUCAAUUCAGAGAGAAUGCAGAAAGCCAUUCGUGGAUCUUAUGAGUACAACCCCUCAAAGACCAACAGGCCUUUUGUCUCACAGAAAAUUCACUUCCCUGACUUCUCAACACGAGACAUCCAUAGAAACUAUGUGGACUGUGUGCGGUGGCUGGGGGACCUUAUUCUCUCUAAGUCUUGUGAAAAUGCCAUCGUGUGCUGGAAACCAGGAAAGAUGGAGGACGACAUCGAUCACAUUAAGCCAAAUGAGUCGAAUGUGACGAUCCUGGGACGCUUUGAUUAUAGCCAGUGUGACAUUUGGUACAUGCGCUUCUCCAUGGACUUCUGGCAGAAGAUGCUGGCUUUGGGAAACCAGGUGGGGAAGCUUUACGUGUGGGACCUUGAAGUGGAAGAUCCUCAUAAAGCAAAGUGCACCACGCUGACACUCCCGAAAUGCAUGUCAGCCAUCCGGCAAACCAGCUUCAGCCGCGACAGCAGCAUUUUGAUAGCGGUGUGCGAUGAUGCUUCGAUCUGGCGCUGGGAUCGACAGCGCUGAGAGGCUCUGACCGAGAGAAAUUUGGUUCCUGUCGCUUUUAUCCCUCCCAACCUGUUUCCCUGUUGUACAGAUCUACACUGCAAAAAAUGUCCAUUUGAACACUUUGUCGUGUGUGGUCUAAAAAUACUGCAUCUGCUAAAAAGAAAAAAAAACUGAGGCUUCGUGUCAAGGUGAAAGGAUCUUGUCCUACUCCAGCCACAGAGUUUGUUUUUAUUUCCUGUUUGUGUGAUGGCGGGAUUUUUGAGAAAAAAACAGCAGAUUUUGAAGAAGUUUACGGACAAGGUUGACGCCAGAUCAAGGAACAAGAACAUCACUGAAGAUGAGUUGAGAUUUUUCAAUGAUGAGUUUUUUCCCUUUAGAUGAACAAAAUAAAAAAUACCAUGAAUUAUAAAUGUAUGUUUUUAAUUUCAGUGGGUUUUUUGGGUCUGUUUUUAAAUGUAAGGAACAGGAAGUAUAACGUGGGUAAAAUAAUCAGCAUCAGCAGAUUCUCAUCUCCUCUGUGUGCCUUCUAGUUUCUAGUCUCAUUUAUUGAAAGUUCAUAAAUUAAUCAAUAUCACCACUUUCAGUUCUUGAGAAAAGAGCAAUUGUUUUUUUCAGCCACCUGCAGUUUUUUGUCACUUGUUUUUAGGGGAAAAACUUUUAAGAUAAAAUGACUAAAGGCAGGGUUUUUUUUGCUGUGUGGCAUAUUUUAUAUCCAUUAGUACACACAAAACAAAAUGAUGUUUUGUCUUCAGUUAGUCUAACAUUUCCUACAUUCCUUUGCAUCUCUUUAGACACCCUCUUGGUUUUGCUUCGACCUCCCCCAACCCUCCCACCUUCACACACAUACUUGCCAUUGAUAUUUGAGGCUUUAUUGAGUCCAGUCAAUAAAAUGAUUUUUGUAAAUACAUAUUAAAGAGUCCGUUUGUGCAAUUAAAGAGUAUUGGCAGUUGGGAAUAUAAACGUUGGUUUGGCAAAAAGUGAAAUGAAAUUGUAUUUUUAUCUUUAGUUCUCCAGAAGAGAGGAGAAAUUGCAUCGCAGUCGCAUUUGGAUGAUUGGAUCUUUUUACAGUGGCAGACUGGCUUUUAUUUUGAAAAGUUCCACCUAAUCCCCUAUAAUAAAAGUCUGCUGAAGGGAGGGGAAGGGGGGGUCUCUUUGCUUUUAUGGAGUGCUUGUACUGAAUUUAUUUGGACUUAAAUAAAACUUAUUUUUCUA